AUGGAGAAUUAUAAAAUGACAGCAGUUGAUGUUGAAGCCGGUAUGACAAGUGUCUACCAAACCACAGUGGAGCCUGUGAAACCUGCUAAAACUUCAGUAUGGAAGAUUAUUGCAGUCAUUACAGUGCUUGUAACGUGUGCUGUAGCAUCUGCACUUUUCACCUGGCAAUACAUGAGCUCACAGAGUCAAAGCGAAACUAAACUUCAUAUGGAGCUCCAAAGAACGGCAACCAGAGCAGAUCAUCAGAAAAUGCUGACAGAGAUAAGCAAGCGCACCCAGGCUGCCAUUCACCUUCAUGUUUCAGGCAAUGAUGAGAAAAAAUCUCUACACUGGGAGACUGAUGUGGACCAAUCCUUUUCCAAGGGAGACCUAAAGCUGACAGACAAUGCCAUUGUGAUUCCACGCGAUGGUCUGUACUUUGUCUACACCCAGGCCUCAUACAGUGUCCCCUGCAGCUCAAGUGAGAAAAAUAUUGACAACAGUUAUACACCACUACACCACAAAGUACAGUGGUUAUCUCCUACAAUACCUUUAUCAAAAAAACAUUAUUUGCUCAGUGGCGUCAAAUCCACAUGUGAAACUAGAACAAAGGAACAGAUGAACGAUGAGCCUGUGUUCGACUUCAUCUAUCUUGGUGGAGUCUUUCAACUGUAUAAAGGGGACAGACUUUUAACCGAGACCAACCACAGGGCUAACAUUGAGAGAGAAGGUUCCAAAACCUUUUUUGGGGUGUUUGAAUUGUGA